AUGGACGCCCGUUCUCAGGCUCACCCAACUACCCGUCCCAUAAUCCUGGGCUCUAUGCCAACAGAGGCAGAUACCAUCCUCAUCCAGGCCCCCAUCAUGGACCCAGUCAGACGACAGGCCCCUACGGCGGUGGCCAAUCUCAUUCACCCAGACAAAACGGACACCAUCAUCUUGCGCAUUCUGACGCAUCCCGAAAUCAUCAAGACCAGCACCUCAAUGGCCGGCAAGACAAUGGUUCGGCCCGAGGAGUUGGAGAACCAGGCUGCCUAUCUAGAGGGGCUUUGCAGCACGCUUGUUGCGGGCGCUGAAAUUGAACGAGGAGAAAUUGCUGAGAAGGAGGCAUUCCGCAUCAAAAUUGAGCAGGUUUGUCGGGCUGCCAUCACCGAGUAUGAGGUGACUCAGAACGGUCUGGGAAACUUCCCUCCGCCCUCGGUGCAAUUGAAAUGCUUUGGCAGUCUUUCUUCUGGCUUCGCAACAAAAGCAUCGGACAUGGACCUCGGCCUAGUUUCCCCCCUUUCGCUGCCUCAACCAGAUGCGGCCGGCUCCCCGAUCCCUAGGCUCAUCGAGAAGGCGUUUCUUGACCUCGGCCUUGGAGCUCGCUUACUCACUCGAACAAGAGUGCCCAUCAUCAAGCUUUGCGAGAGGCCGCCCGAGAAGUUGCGACUGGAUUUACUAGAGGAGCGCGAAAAGUGGGAGAAGGGCAUUGUGGACACCGAACAUGUUGACGUUGCGGAGGAGGACGAGAAUGCGGAAAUUGAGUCUCACGUCAAGGAGGUUACCGACGAGUCAACCGACGAUCCGACUAGCCAGAAGCCGGAAGGUUCAUCCCUUACUGAAUCUACAAACGAGCAUAGGCUGCCAACGAUUCGCCAGCCCGAGAACCAGUCCCUUUCCGCUUACUAUAACGUUGCGAAGAGGACUUUGAGAAAGAUGGGAGGCCGGGAUGUCACGCUUUCGAACUGCCGGGAACUUGCAGAAGAGGACUAUGCCAUACUCAACAAAGUCUGCGAAGCGUUCUACAAAGGUCUUCGCGACCCAGAACUGAAGCGCAGACUUUCGAACUACCAUUCCCUCUCUUUCAAGCAGCUUCCGAAUGUCCCCAACUACCGCUCUCUGGCGGGUGUCUAUGCGCAGAUGGAGGGCGAACGAAUCGUCAUGCUGUGCGAGUCAGACGCCGCCAUUGGAAGCGCCGAGGACACUGAGGAUUCGACCCGUAUGUUGAUCGCAUCAUGGAAGACGCUUCAAAACCAGCCUCACUUCGGCAUUGAGCCCCUUACCUACACGAAGCAACUGCAGUUACACCUCGAGAAGCUCAAGAAGCUCCCGACUGCGCAGCUGCUCACCCUCGAGCAGAGCCAGCAUGAAGCCGCUGCUGGGUAUCACGCGAGAACUCUGAAGAUUCUGUCAAACCUCCGGCCCCGCAACGACGGCGAUGCAGAGGCGGCAAGACAGAUUAUCAUCGACAGAUACACCGCCGGCAUCUGGCCCAGCACCGUUCGUGCCCAGGUCCGCGAGUUCGUCGAUAGCACUAAAGGAGCACUCAGCCUUGCCGCCGUCGCACGUCGUCACAAGAGCCUGCAGCUUGCCCUUGAGUUGGAUAAGGCUGUUGAACAUCAACUCUACGACCCGAGUCUCGAGAGUGACAUAAGAGAAUACAUUUCAAUUCUUCGGGGUCCCAUGCGGGAAAGUAUGGUCCAAGACUCGCAGUAUGACUACGUCAUCCCCGUCACGAAGCAGAACAUAGAGACCAUCAAGCGCAUGCGCGACCUCAAAGAUCCCGCCAAGAUGGCUGUCAACCAACCUCGCGACCCCUACAAAGACAAGCUCGAGUUCCCUAAGAACGGCGUCGGCGUCCAGUGUGACAUCAACUUCGCCGCCCACCUCGCUCUGCACAACACCCUCCUCCUGCGCUGCUACUCCCACACCGAUCCCCGCGUCCGGCCUCUUGUCCUAUUUAUCAAGCAUUGGGCCAAGGUUCGCGGCAUCAACACGCCCUACCGCGGAACACUCAGCAGUUAUGGCUACGUCCUGAUGAUGCUGCACUACCUCGUCAACAUCGUCCAGCCUUUCGUCUGCCCGAACCUUCAGGCCCUCGGGCCCCCGCCGCCGCCCGAGGGAAUGUCGCCCACCGGCCUUGACGAGAACAUCAUGUGCCGGGGCCACUUCGUCGGCUUUUGGCGAGACGAGGCUGAGAUCCUGCGCCUCGCCCAGAUGAACCAGCUCAACGGUAACCGCGACGCCCUCGGCCAGCUCCUGAGGGGCUUCUUCGAGUACUACGCUCAGAACGGCUCCAUGAGCACGUAUCCGGGCCGAGGCUACGACUGGGGCCGCGACGUCCUCAGCAUCCGCACCCCCGGCGGCCUCCUCUCCAAGUCUGACAAGGGCUGGACCGGCGCGAAGACUGUCAUCGAGUAUCGCCCCAAUGCUGCCGCGAACUCCCCCAGCACUGACAACCCUCCUGCGCCGCAAAUGGCUCUGAAGUCCCCCAUCGACCCGCCUACCCCGACCCCAACCGCCGAAGGCGCCAUCACCCAAGACGUCGCGUCGCCCGGUCUUGGCAAGGCCGCCACGACCACGGCGACGGCAAACAAGAACGGCGAGGUCAAGGAGGUGCGCCACCGCUACCUAUUCGCCAUUGAGGAUCCCUUCGAGCUCGACCACAAUGUCGCCCGCACGGUCACGCACAACGGCAUUGUCGCCAUCCGCGACGAGUUCCGGCGCGCGUGGCGCAUCAUCAAGGCCGCGGGCUCGGGCCACUUCAACGAGGAGCUGCUCCAAGACGUCGCCGCCGUCAAGGAGGAGGGCGAGAAGAGCUCGUACCUGCAGCUGCUGGACGAGAUCCACGGAUGGGAGUUGUUUGAGUAG